ACAGCACAAUGCAGCAACCACUUCAAUUUCUAGUUUUAUGAUACACAUGCUAUUGUUACCCUAUAGAUUCGGUAGUAAGGUCGACCGAACCCGAAGUAUUUCUGACUAGACGAUUCUCGACCACCGGAGACUUUUAAUUUCUUCUUCCCUGUCACAGGAAGAAGGAAACAGCAACGAGGAUUUAAUUAUCUGGCACCCUUCCUCUGAAAAUUGACGCGGCUUUAUUUUAUCGAGAAAAGCCAAUUUUGAUGGAGCGCAUUUGCAUACACUGGUUGGCCGUAUCGACUUUGCUCGGCGGGUAUGACGUCUGAAAUCCAAGUUCCAGCCACGAAAGGAAAAGAGAAGAAACGGCAUCAAUAACUCUGACUGCUUUUCCAGAACAACUACAAUCGUCCACUGGAGCUUGGGGAAUCCGGACAUUAAGAAACGUUCCGAACGGCUGGAAGGACUAUUGCUUUCCAUUCAUCUGGAUGCCCUCUUGCUUAAAGGUCAAGAAAACUAUGCUCGGAGUUAACAGCGUCAGUCGCCAGUCAGUGUUGUGCUUCAAAACUGGACUGGUUCCCUCAACAUCUUAAAAAAUCGUUUUACUUUCAAGUUUCAAAGUGUUUCUUUCGCCCAUCAUUGAUAUGUGGAAAUGACAUGGAAUUUUGUUGAGUCAGGCUACGCUAUGCCUUGUCUACGUGACUAUCCCUUGGAGUCAGGGUCGUGCUACCCAUCAGAGAACUGCCCGAGUCUAGGGAACUAUCCCUAUGCUUCAAACCCUGACAGCUUGGAUCACAACAACAGGCAUCAUGUAUCGUUUUCUUACUAUUCAACUAAUCCCAGUAGUUCGGACAAUUUGACCUAUUUUUCAUAUCCUCAAUAUCAGCAGCCGACUUAUAGAGACAGUCCCUACGUUUGGAUCGGUCCCAAUAACUUUGACAUUCCCUACGGGUCAACUCAAGGUCAGAAGCAGCUCGAAGAAGGACCAGUGACGUCACGACCGUCGCAGAGAAGACAUGCCACAGGUGAGCGAAGUGACCGCUCGAGCAGAAAACGCCGCGCCCCGACCCUGGCCCAGCGGAGGGCUGCCAACAUCAGAGAACGUCGCAGGAUGUACAAUCUGAACGAGGCCUUUGACUGUCUCCGCCAAAGGAUUCCGACUUUCGCCUACGAGAAACGGCUGUCUCGUAUUGAAACCUUACGACUUGCAAUAUCUUACAUCUCUUUCAUGACCGGAAUCGUCAACGGUGAAGACCCUAACACACUUAGGGUCAGUGUGUAUGACCCUCCAUCGUUUCCCUCUUCUUCUGAAAGCAUUCGGGCAGUGAGAGAAAGAGGAGAAGAUCCUGAGGACAGUGUCGAAGGUGGAACAGAUGUUUGUGAAGAGCUAAAUGAACACGAGGGAGAGUUUUGUGGGGAGGAAGAAGAAGAAGAGGAGGAAGAUGAAGAUGAGGUUGACGAUGACAUCGAUGACGAAAUGAAUGAUGGUGAUAAAGACGAGACUGGGAACAGUGAUACCAAACUCUCAAAUGGACAUGGAGUAUGCUCAGAUUACGAACACUUUGGGCUUGGAACUGAACAAGGACAAGGAUUUUACACUGAGCAGCUUCCCUGUGGGUGAGCCUUCGUCGGUUUUCAAGAUGAAGGUUGUUGAACUAAGUGUGUAUAUCGACACACAAUGGAAAAUCAUAUUCAUCAAAAUCCACAAACAGCUCUCCGCGUAACAUCAGUGGCGGUGGUGGGAGCAUACAUAAUUCUAUAAUAGAUGAAGGAUUUUAUGGAGGUUUCUGCCUGCUAUGGCUGUGUAACGCCACUUAUGUAUUAAUAAAGUGGAGAUGUGUUUUAUUGAGUGUUUUCACGGGCAAAGCAUUAACUAAUAUGUUAUGGCGUAUAGCUCUGGUGUAUAUGAAUUCUUUCAUGAGGAAAGAGAAUGAGAUGAUCUAUCGUCUUUCUGGUCUUUAGUAUUAUUUUUGAGUGCAGCAAUAGAAUCAAAUACAACGUAAGUAUUAAACUUUACUUUAUCCAAAAC